CCAACAACUGCCUCCUAACUGAAGGCCUCUCUCUCUCACUCUCUCUCUUUCUCACUCUCUCUCUCUCAUACUUGGGGUGAUUUUGGAGAAAUGGGUAUAAACUCAAACAGGGUAGAACACUUCUCAGACGCUACAAACCACCAUGAAACAACGGUUACAAUUUGCAGUAGUACAGAAGCAAUGCCAAAUUUGGGAGUGCACAAAGUCUGUCUGCCACCCCACAAAACCACUCUCCAGAAACUCAGACACAGGCUGUCCGAGAUUUUCUUCCCGGAUGAUCCACUCCACAGAUUCAAGAACCAAACGUGGCUCAAGAAAUUCCUUCUGGGUCUGCAGUUUUUCUUCCCCGUCUUCCAGUGGGGGCCUAAUUACAGUCUCAAACUCCUGAGGUCUGAUGUCAUUUCUGGUCUCACCAUUGCCAGCCUCGCCAUCCCACAGGGGAUAAGUUAUGCAAAGCUUGCGAAUCUGCCGCCUAUAAUUGGGCUAUAUUCAAGUUUCGUGCCUCCAUUGAUAUACUCUGUCCUCGGGAGUUCGAGACACAUAGGAGUUGGUCCAGUCUCCAUAGCAUCUCUUGUCAUGGGCACCAUGCUUAGUGAAACUGUUUCGUAUGCCGACCAACCGAUUCUCUAUCUUCAGCUGGCUUUCACUGCUACUUUCUUUGCUGGUGUUUUUCAAGCCUCUUUGGGCCUACUAAGGCUAGGAUUUGUGAUUGAUUUUCUCUCAAAGGCCACCCUUGUUGGGUUCAUGGCCGGCGCAGCAGUAAUAGUAUCUUUGCAACAACUGAAAGGGCUACUUGGGAUUGUUCACUUCACUAGCAAGAUGGAAAUGGUCCCCGUUUUAUCCUCCGUUUUCAGCCACAAAAACGAGUGGUCAUGGCAAACUAUUGUCAUGGGGAUCAGUUUUCUGGUGUUUCUGUUAGCAACAAGGCAAAUAAGCAUGAGGAAACCAAAGCUUUUCUGGAUUUCAGCAGCUGCACCGUUGACGUCGGUUAUUCUUUCCACCCUCAUUGUCUACCUCCUCAGAUCCACGGCUCAUGGAAUUUCAACUAUUGGGCACUUGCCAAAGGGUCUGAAUCCACCUUCAUCAAACAUGCUGUAUUUUCAAGGCACUUAUUUGGGGGUUGCACUCAAAACUGGCAUCGUAACCGGAAUACUCGCUCUUACAGAAGGAAUUGCUGUUGGAAGGACAUUUGCUGCUUUGAAAAAUUACCAAGUUGAUGGUAACAAAGAAAUGAUGGCUAUUGGUCUUAUGAACAUGGCUGGUUCUUGCUCCUCGUGCUAUAUCACUACUGGAUCAUUUUCUCGAUCAGCUGUGAAUUACAAUGCUGGGGCGCAAACAAUCGUUUCAAACAUUGUAAUGUCAUCAGCAGUGCUUGUAACUCUUUUGUUCCUCAUGCCGCUGUUCACUUACACUCCAAAUUUCAUCUUGGCCGCCAUUAUCAUAACCGCUGUGAUUGGACUGAUCGAUUAUCAAGCUGUAUUUCGCUUGUGGAAAGUUGACAAGCUCGAUUUCUUGGCUUGCAUAUGUUCCUUUCUCGGUGUUCUCUUCAUUUCGGUCCCCUUAGGCCUAGCAAUUGCUGUUGGAGUUUCGGUUUUCAAGAUUCUCCUCCAUGUUACCCGGCCAAAUACAAUGGUUUUGGGAAACAUUCCCGGAACUCAGAUAUAUCAAAACAUUGGUAGAUACAGAGAAGCUUUAAGAGUUCCCUCCUUUCUCAUUGUCGCGGUUGAGUCCCCUUUCUUCUUUGCAAAUUCCACAUACCUCCAAGAAAGAAUACUAAGAUGGGUUCGCGAGGAAGAAGAGCGCAUAGAAUCGAACAAAGAAAGUACGAUGAAAUGCAUCAUUUUGGAUAUGACUGCUGUUACAGCAAUCGACACGAGUGGCAUUGACACCAUAUGUGAACUUAGAAAGAUGUUGGAGAAAAGAUCACUCCAGUUUGUGUUGGCAAAUCCUGUUGGCAAUGUGAUGGAAAAGCUGCAUCAGUCGAACGCCUUGGAGUCAUUCGGGUUGAAUGGACUAUAUUUGUCAGUUGGUGAAGCUGUGGCUGACAUAUCAUCACCAUGGAAGGCUGAGCCAUGAAAUCUCAAAGUGGUUCAAAGAUGGAAUCAGCACUUUCAUUCAUUUGUAGUCUAGGCUCGAGUUAGUUCCAACGAGAGGAUUUUCGGCCUUUUUUUUGCUUUUCUUGUUUGAGAGAAGUUUUUAAGUACAAGAAGAUUACUUACUACUAUUAAUUUCCAAUUCAUUUUGGGAAUCACACAGUGCUAGGCUCUUCUAAGAAGAGGUUUUGAAACCAAGUUUACCCGAUAAUGACAUAAGCCUUGGAGUUGUUUACUUCA